UGGAAACACCACCAGCUAUUAACUACUUUAUAUCUGAAAGCUCAAGCAGCAGAGCUUAGGAGCAGCACCAUACCCUCUUCAACAGGACCUUUAACUUCUAUGAAAAGCACCAAACUGGUGGCUUAUUAACAGCUGAAACAUUAUGACCAUUUAUACAUUUCUGAUGGCUCACAAGCAAGAUUUCUUUUAGAACUUGGCAUUAAGAAUGGGCUCUUGUUUAUAAAAUACAACUGAUGUAUUUUGAGUUGUUUUACUUUUGGUGCCUUUAUGUAUGUUUCAAUGUAAAUAGUAGACUUGUUGUAGUCCACUAUAAGCAGAGGAGGGAAGUAACUAAGUACAUUUACUCAAGUACUGUAGUUAAGUACACUUUUAAAGAUACUUGUACUUUACUUGAGUUUUUCCAAUUGAUGCUACUUUGUGCUUCUCCACUACAAUUCAGAUGUGUGUAGUGUACUUUUACCCCACUACAUGUAUUUAUCUUCAGUUACUUUGCAUAUUUGGAUUAAUAAUGUGAAAUAUAAUCAACACUUCAAUCAAAAUUUAGUUACCUCGAGUAAAUUCCCAAGCUACCCUGCUUGGUAGCUAUAAGUUAUUAAAAUGACCUGCACCUUUACCAACUUUGAUUAAUACUUUAAUGCAUCAAUAAUAAUGAAAACGUAAUAUAUUAUUCUGAAAUGGACCAAUCAGCAUAAUGAGUAGUUUAGGUAUAUUUUGAUGCUAAUACUUUUGUACUUUUACUUGAGUAACAUUUUGAAUGCAGGACUUUUGCUUGUAACUUGUGUACUUUUACUCAAGUACUUCUGACACCUCUAACUAUAUGGACUACUAAAGUAAGGUUUUUUUUUAACUGUGAUACUGCUACUUAAAGGUCCAAAUAAGUCUCCCACAACAGAUAAUAAAACGGAUCACAAUCGUUUUUAAAGACUACGCCCCAUGCUGGAGGAAAGAAAUCGUUUGUUUUCUUUCGACAAAUAAAGUUUUUUCAAACCACGUGAUGAAGACUGUCAUGGCUGCGCCCUCGUGUCAUGCGUGGUUGUAAACAUUCGUGACAAUAUUUAGGAAUUAAAAAGACGCUAGAAUCAUCAAGGUAGUACUUUUUGUAUUAUCGUAUGAACGUAUAGUUGUUGCGUGCGUUGUAUGCUGUAUGCCAAGUCAGUUGGGUCGGAUAUUAUUGCGAGCAUUUCAUAUAUAGUUGGAGUGGCUCGGCACCUAGCUGUUAGCUAACUUGAGACAUACGCUUUGAACAACUCAGUCCAAGGUACGCAGUUUAACACUUUUUGUAACUCCAAUUAUUUGUAGGAAAAUGAAGAUCCAGAAGAGCAAGCCCAGAAACAAGCGCAUAUCCUUCGGAGUGAAGAGGCCAUCUAAACGAGGCAUCCACGUGAAAGGCAAAUGGAAAGCUAUAGAGCUCGACCCCAGUAUCUUCUCCGAGGAGGGCUUGGAGGGCCUUGUGUGUUUUGAAGAGCUCACAAAUUACCGUUUGGUAGACUCUGAGAAGACUGCAACUACAGCAGCAAAGGAUCUGCUAAAGGAGAAGAAGAAGAAGAAGAAAAACAAGAAAAGAAAAUCCAGCGAGGGAGAGGAGGCUACAGAGAAGGUGGAUGCAGAGAGUAAUGAGGGAGAGAAAGCAGCUGAACCAGCCAAGAAAAAAGCAAAGAAGAAGAAAAAUAAGAAACCAAAAGCUAAGGAAUCAGAAAAAUCAGAUGACACCACUGAGGAAGUGACACAGAAGGAUGUAGCUGCAGGUGAGGAAGAAGGGGAAGAUGAGAUGCCUAAAGAAGACACGUCCACAGAUACAGCAACUGCUCCAGAAUCUGAUGCACCAUCAAAACUCACGAAGAAGAUCAAAAAGAAGAAUAACAAGAAACAGAAGCAGCAGAUAGAAAAUGAUAAAACUCCAGAGGCUCAGCCAAACCUGGAGUCUCCAUCCGAACCUCGAGCACUGGAAGAAGAAAAUCCUACAAAAUCCACCCAAAAUAAAGAGCCAAAGCUUCCUAAAAGCAAAAAGCAGAUAAAUAAUUGGACAAAUGCAGCACGUUGUGAUUCUGAUGACAAAAAUGCUGAUGUGGAUGCAUGGAAGGACCUGUUCGUCCCCUCCCCUGUGCUAAAGGCACUGAGCAGUCUUGGAUUUAGCUCACCGAGCCCCAUACAAGCCCUGGCUCUGCCUCCUGCCAUCAGGGAUCGUAUGGAUAUACUGGGAGCAGCUGAGACAGGAAGUGGGAAGACAUUGGCUUUUGGUAUUCCGAUGAUCCACGCCAUCCUAGAGUGGAAGAGCAGUUCAGAAAAGCCUGUUGAUGACAGCACCGAACCAACCACAAAUGUGAAGAGUUUGUAUUUACCAGAUGUAGAUGAGUCUACAAUAGAAGACAAGGAGGACGACAUGGAGGCUGAGGAAGAAGAGGGUGAAAGUACCUCAGAAGAGGAUCAACCUGACCCAGAUGAACCUGACAUCGAAGACCAACAGGAGGAUUUUGAAGAAACAGAUGAUGAUAAUAAGCUUGGCUGUGUUCAGGUAAUUGAAAAUGCAACUUUUGGUUUUGAACACACCGCUGAAGAAAAAGAAGAAGCUGCAGCCGGUCGGAGGCAGCCUCUGCUUGGACUGGUGCUCACUCCCACCAGGGAGCUGGCUGUUCAGGUCAAACACCAUAUUGAUGCUGUUGCGAAAUUUACAGACAUCAAAACAGCGAUUGUGGUGGGUGGAAUGGCACAAGAGAAACAAAGGAGGAUUCUGAGGCGAAGACCAGAGAUCAUUAUCGCUACUCCAGGACGUCUGUGGGACUUGAUCCAGGAGCGCCAUCCACAUCUGCAGAAUUUAAGACAGCUCAGGUGCCUGGUCAUUGAUGAAGCGGAUCGCAUGGUGGAGAGAGGCCACUUUGCCGAGCUGGAUAGUCUGCUGGAGAUGCUCAACACCGUGCACUUUAAUCCCAAGAGGCAAACUUUUGUGUUCUCUGCUACACUGACCAUGGCUCGCAGCCUGCCCAUCCGCCUCCUGCAGAAGAAGAAGAGGAAGAAUCUGGACCAGAGGAACCAGCUGGAAAUUCUCAUGGAGAAAAUGGGGAUCAAGUCCAAACCAAAAAUAAUUGACUUGACCAGGAAGGAGGCAACUGUGGAGUCCCUGACUGAGACCCGGAUCCAUUGUCAGAAGGAAGAAAAGGACUUCUUCCUUUAUUACUUCUUGCUCCAGUAUCCUGGCCGCACCAUGGUGUUUGCCAACAGUAUAGACUGCAUCAAGAGACUGAACUCCCUGCUGGUUAUCCUGGACUGUACUCCACUACCACUGCAUGCCAACAUGCACCAGAAACAACGCCUCAAAAACCUGGAGAGGUUUGCUGAGAGGGAGAGCUGUGUCCUGCUGACUACUGAUGUAGCGGCUCGAGGGCUGGACAUCCCCAAUGUUGAGCAUGUUAUUCACUACCAGGUUCCCAGGACAUCUGAGACUUACGUCCAUCGGAGUGGCAGAACAGCGAGAGCCACCAAAGAGGGUCUGAGUUUGCUGCUUAUAGGCCCAGACGACAUGAUGAACUUCAAAAAGAUCUACAAGGCCCUUGGGAAGGACGAGGAUCUUCCAAUGUUCCCCAUAGAGAGCAAAUGCAUGGAAGCCAUCAAGGAGCGGGUAAACUUGGCCAGACAGAUAGAGAAGAUUGAGUUCCACAACAGCCGGGAGAAGCAUCACAACUCCUGGUUCAGACAAGCAGCAGAGGCUCUGGAGGUCGACCUGGAUGAUGACCUUUUAAUCGGUGGAGCAAGGGAUGAUCAGGGUGACAGAGAUCAGCAGAAGAUGGUAAAGGGGAUGAAAAAGCAUUUGAAAUAUCUGAUCUCCAAGCCUGUGUUCAAGAGGGAGAUUAUGACCAAGUACCCCACUCAAAUGGGAAAGCUCUCACUGGCUAACAUGCAUCGAGUUGGAAAGGAAAGUGCCCUUAACAGGGUUUCAGAGCAGGAGGAACUCAAGUUAAAGAAAGGUGUUCAACAACAGCAGAAAAAGCAGAAGAAAGAAAAGCAGCAGCAGUGACGUGUUAAUGGAAUGUGUAUUUAUGUAAUUGUUUACAUAAAUUAAUUUCAGUUCAUUUAAAGUAAUGUUUUCGAAGAUUUUCAUGAAAAAAAAUGUUGUUUAACACUAUUGUAGAGAAGGAGAUAACACAAUGGUGGUAAAGCCUUUGACCCACUAAUGAAAGCUCUUGCAAUUUUAGGAAUUCAGUGUCUAUGGCGACUCGAUGCGGACACUGAGUUCAUCAGCGCCGUGUCUGGGAAGGGAGAAUUUUUAAAAAAGACCUACAAUUGGAGUUUACCGCAAUAAAUGCUGCCAAAAAGAGCACAGAGAUCUUCGAGAUUGUAACUUUAAAUACUUACUGCACAGUGUGCAAAAAAAACAUGUAUUUCUAAAUGUUAAAUCGCUGUACACUGCAAGACUAUAUAAAAAUCUGUUUUCUAAAGUGUC